AAAUAUUUUAAAUACAGUAUAUAAAAAAUAAAAAAAAUAUAAAAAAUUAAUAUGGCAGAAACUGUAUAUAAAUAUAUGAAAAUACAAAAUAGGCCAUAUAGUAUUAAUGAUUUAGUUUCAAAUCUCCAUAAUGAAUACGGUAAAGUAGCUGUACAAAAAGCUGUAGAUAAAUUGGUAGCUGAAGGAAAAAUAUUUGAAAAAAUAUAUGGAAAACAAAAAGUUUAUUGUCCAACUCAAGAUUCAUCUCUUGAUGUAGAAGAAUUAAUGAGAAUAGAUAAAGAAUUACAAGCGCAUGCUAAUGAAGUUGAAAAUAAGUAUCAAGAAUUAGAAAGAGAAAUUAAAGUACAAGAAGCUUUAUUGUCAUCUAUGAAGUCUUCUAUCACAAUUGAAGAAGCAAAAAAACAAAAAGCUUUAACUCAACAGAGAAUUAUAGAAUUGAAAAAUAAAUUGGAUGCAUUAAUGGAGGCAAAUGGAACUGAAGAUUUAACUGAAUCUAAAAGAAAAGCAGAAAAAGCAUUAAAUGAUUAUUCACGUGAAUAUGUAAAACGGAAACGUUUAUGUACUGAAAUUUUAGAUUGUAUAUUGGAUAAUUAUCCUGGUAGUAAAAAUGAGUUAUAUGAAGAAAUAGGAAUAGAACCAAAAGUUGUUCAAUAAUAUCAAUACAUAUUUUACUAUUAUUUAUUAUAUUAGUACAUAUAAAUUAUUUAUCCAUUUAUAUUUUAAACUAUUUUUCAUUAAGUA